UCCUGGCGAGGAUGCCCCUACUCUUUUUCGGAUGUUAUCACUAGUGGAUGAGUGAUAAACAAAACACAUGUUCGUUAUCAUUGUAUUGUAAUUCGGUCAUCUAAAUAUAGUACUAAUAAAUAGUCAAAUAUACAACUGAUACCUUCAUGAUUAAAGAAUUACAAAAUAAUAUUAUGUACAAUGACAAUGCCAGUGAAUGACUAUUAUCUCACCAUAGUUGACAGUCUGCAAGCUUCUAUGAGCCAUAGUUGUUGUUGGCUCUAUGAAGUGUGAAGUAUUAAUUUAUAUGAAUCUUACGACUAGUAGUUGUGCACUAGUGGUAGUCAGUACUGAAUUAUGUUUCGAAUGUUCCCUUGACUAUUGUACUACAAUUUCUAAACAACAAGUUUGUUUACACACCAAUGAAUAUUUCGUAUCAUGUCACAAUAUUUGACUUGUAAUUCGUUAAUAAUGUGAUAUAAUAAUUAGUUUCUCGGACAUUGUAUGUUUAUUAACGAUUGUCGUCUGUCUUUCAAACCGUCAACACGUUUAUGCAAUGGGAUUAUUUGACUUCACUAAUUCCUUCCGAGCUAUAAUCUAUAGUCCAGCUUUUCAACAAUGGAUAACGUCCACUUACUCUUUCAUGCUGCUAACAGAAAACAUGUUGAUGAUAGUUGUAUGCAUAGUAGCAUCAAUGUUAUUAAGAUUUGCCUUCUACAAAUGGAAAUCAAAAUUUCAUGUGAUUCGAGGAAGUGACAUCUGUUCUGUUCCUAAAACAAGGUUUCGAAAACGUGAUAGAGUUUUAUUCUAUGGCAGAAAAAUGUUGAGAAAGGUUAAAAGUAUAUCUGGACAAGUUCACGGCCAGGGGAAAAAGAGAAAAUUAGUAAUCAAAUUUGCUAGGCGUUUAUUACAAAUGAGGAAAGAAACAUUACCUCAGAGAUUAAACGUACUGGAACCACCUGCUGAGUAUUUAGAGGAAGAAUUAAUAACCAAAGAUGGGCAAAAUGUCCCUCCUGAUGCCUUUUAUAUGCUGCAAAGUAUUCGAGUUUUUGGCCACUUUGCAAAACCCGUAUUUUUAAGACUUUGUCGUCAUACAGAAAUCUUAAAUGUACAUGCUGGAUCACAUUUGUUUAAAGUCGGUGAUCCUGAUGAAAAUGUAUUCAUUGUCCAAAGUGGACUUAUUAGUGUGAAUAUCACUUCAAUUGAUGGCAGUAUUAUACCUCUGAAAUUAGUAAAAACGGGAGAUUGUGUUACAUCAUUAUUAAGUUUUACUGAUGUUCUCACUGGCCAUAAAAAGAAUUAUAAAACUGUUAGUGCUCAAGCACUUGAAGAUAGUACAAUAGUAAGAUUACCAGUUGCUGCAUUUCAAGAAAUCUUCGAUGAUGAUCCAGAAUCAUUAGUCCAAAUAAUCCAAGUGGUUAUGGUCCGUUUACAGAGAGUUACAUUUACAGCUCUUCAUCAGUAUUUGGGACUAUCUACUGAGUUGGUACAAAAUGGUUUAGAAGAAAGAAAAAUGAGUCCUUUCAUUUCAGCUACUAAAAAUGAGUCUUCCAUGUUUUUACAACAAGAAAUUUCUAUAACCGAUAAAAAAUUGGAAUCACUUUUAAAUCAGCCCAAAACUGAUCCAAAAACUGACCAAAAAGAUUGGUAUCUCAAAAUUGCUAGGAAAGUUUUUGUCAAAAAACUCCAACUUGAUAAUGAAGAUUUAUUAUUGGGAAAAGUGGAAAUUCGCAAAAUACCUACAAAUACAUAUGUAAUGCAAGAAGAUUCUCAUAAGGAUGCUGCAUUAGUUUUGUUGUUAAAUGGAUCAAUGAUAGUAUCACAAAAAAUGGACCCAGAAGGAUUAACUGAAGCUCAUAUGUAUUCAGUUAAUCCUGGUGAUAUUGUUGGUGGAUUAGCUGUGUUAACUGGAGAACCUGGAUUUCUGACAUUUAGAGCCAACCGUCCUAGUAUAAUUUCUAUAUUAUCAAGAAAUACUGUUUAUGAGAUUAUAAGAGUAAAACCACAAAUUGUCUUGCCUAUAGCAAAUACAGUGGUUACUCGGUUAUCAUCAUUUGUACGUCAAGUCGAUUUUGCAUUGGAUUGGUUAUUUUUUGAAAGUGGACGUGCAGUUUAUAGACAAGGUGAAGAAUCGGACAGUACAUUUAUCGUACUGAGUGGGCGUUUGCGUUCUGUUAUCACACAUGAAAAUGGUAAAAAAGAGUUGGUUGCUGAAUAUGGAAAAGGAGAUCUAGUAGGAAUUGUAGAAGUUAUUACCCAAACACCUAGAGGAACAACUGUUAUGGCAGUUAGAGAUUCAGAAUUAGCCAAAUUACCAGAAGGAUUAUUUAAUGCAAUUAAAAAACGUUUUCCUGGAGUUGUUUCUACACUUAUUAAUCUUCUGGGACAUAGAAUUUUAGGCACUUGGCAGAAGCCUACGAUUAGUAAAACACUAGAUACAAGACCAACACAAAGCAAUUUUUCAACUAUUGCUAUUGUGCCUAUAUCAGAUGAUGUACCACUAACAAGUUUUACUUAUGAACUUUACCACUCGUUAUGCUCUAUUCGAUCAACUAUACGGUUAACUUCCGAAUUUGUUAGAAGUGUAUUAGGAAAAUCAAUAAUGGAUUUGAAUAAUGAGUAUCGUUUGACUACAUGGUUAGCCCAGCAAGAAGACCAACAUAAAAUUGCACUUUAUCAAUGUGAUUAUUCGUUUUCUUCUUGGACUCAGCGUUGUAUUCGACAAGCCGAUUGUAUAUUGCUUGUCACACUAGGAAGUAAACAACCUAUAUUAGGAAAAUAUGAAAAAGAGAUUGAACGCCUAGCAUUACGUACUCAUAAAGAAUUAAUUUUGAUACACAGAGAAGAUUCAGAUUUACCAUCUAAUACAGUUGAAUGGUUGAAUAUAAGAUCGUGGGUAUCUUCACACCACCAUGUACAGUGUCCUAAACGUAUAUUUUCUAAACGUUCUGUUUCUGUAAUAUGUGAUCAAUAUGAAAAAAUAUUACAAACAGAAGUCAACAUACAUUCAGAUUAUUCUCGUUUAGCUAGAUGGUUAACAGGAACUUCUGUGGGUCUAGUGUUAGGUGGCGGAGGAGCAAGAGGUGCUGCUCAUAUUGGAAUGAUAAAAGCUAUACAAGAGGCUGGUAUUCCCAUAGAUAUGGUUGGUGGUGUGAGUAUCGGUGCUUUUAUGGGAGCUGUAUGGUGUGGUGAAAGAGAUAUUAUUGGAAUGACACGCAAAGCCAGCUCUUGGGCUGAGUCAAUGACAAAUCGGUGGAGGCAAGCAUUAGAUUUAACUUGGCCAUCUACGUCUAUGUUAACUGGUCAAUAUUUUAAUCAUACAUUGAUUUCUGCUCUCGGAGAAACACAAAUUGAAGACUUGUGGUUGCCUUAUUUUACAAUUACUACUGAUAUAUCUGCCAGUAAAAUGCGAAUUCAUACUCAUGGAUCUUUGUGGCGUUAUGUUCGAUCAUCAAUGUCUCUAUCCGGUUACAUGCCACCUUUAUGCGAUCCAAUUGAUGGGCAUUUAUUAUUAGAUGGUGGAUACAUAAAUAAUUUACCAGGUUAUGUUUGGAGGUAUGUGCGAGCAAGUAUGUCAAUUGCUGGUUUAUUUCCUCCCAUGUGUAAUCCUGAUGAUGGUCAUUUACUUGCUGAUGGUUGUUAUGUAAACAAUGUACCAGCCGACAUUAUGCGUAACCUUGGAGCAAAACAUGUUCUCGCUAUUGAUGUUGGAUCUCAAGAUGAUAUGGAUUUUACCAAUUAUGGAGAUAGUUUGUCUGGGUUUUGGUUAAUGUGGAAAAGAUUUAAUCCUUUUACUGCAUCAGUUAAAGUUCCAAAUCUGGAAGAUAUACAAUCUCGACUUGCAUAUGUUUCUUGUGUUCGUCAACUUGAGGUGGUGAAAACGAGUGAUUAUUGUCAAUAUAUAAGGCCUCCUAUUGACAAAUAUAAGACACUUCAGUUUAAAAGUUUUGAAGAAAUAAAGGAAGUAGGCUAUCAACACGGUAAGACAUAUUUUGCGGGUUUAAAGUUGGCUGGAAAAAUUCCGUUUGGAAAACAAGAAUCCAUGAUGUCUCAUAUUAAACCUGAAUAAUGUUUGCAUCUAGAGGUAUAAUAUUGCCAUCAAUGAAGUGAUAUUCACACUAACAAUGAAUACAUUUUCAUCAGGACCAUGAACAUUAAGCAAAUGUGAUCCAGCAUGUACAUUUAAGAUUUCAGUAUAACGACUGAGUCCAGUCCGGCGAUAACGUUCACCAUGAACGCACGGUCAUUACGCUCGCUCCGUUAUCUGUUUUUCAUACGCUAAUAUUAUAUUAUUAUACUCUGCCGUUACGUUUACAUAGUAUGGCGGCCCAAUCGUCUAAUAAUCGUGUCACAACUAAAACUAAUCCAACUUGAAGCAAAAGAAAUUUAUCUUCUUCAUCGCUUUCUCCCAAGCCAGAGGAUAAGAAAUCAAAAAUAUUCAUAACUCCAAACCGGUACUCAGUUCUCACCACACUAAAUGACUCUAACGAAAACACACAGCCAAACAUGACUCAAACUCAUACUCAAAAUAUCCCACCAAAACCACCUGCAGUUUAUAUCAAAGGCGUGAGUAAUUUUUCCAGUUUCACCUCAAACUUGAUUAAAAUUAUCAACACAACAGAAUUUAUCUGUAAAACCACACCUUCGUACCUGAUCAUCCAUACUCAUUUCUAUGAGCAUUACAGACUACUCAUUAAAUAUCUAAUUGAGAACAGCAUCAGUUUUCAUUCAUACCAGCCGUAUGAUAGGGCAUAGCUGUUUUCGACCAAAAACGUACCCUUCCCUUUUCGGCCGAUUCACUUUUCGACCAAAUUUAAAAAAGGUCCAUUCCCUUUUCGACCAAAACAAAAAGUUUUGUAAUAUGAUAUGUAAAAUAAAUAAAAUAAUUGGUAUAUAAUUUUUGUAAAAUUGUGGCAAUUAUAAUUUUAAAAAUUAUUUAAAGUAUAAGUUACAUAAAAUGUUGUAAAAUAAAAUAUUGUAAAAUAAAAUAUAAGAAUACCUAUAUAUUAUUAACAUUAGUUUUGUGUUAAUAUGUCACACUGUGCAUAAUAUUUUAUAAAAAGAAUAACAUAAUAAUAUACAAUUUUUGUCAAUAAUUAUUAAGUCUAAUAGUAAUGUGUAUAAUAUAAUAUUAAGAAAGAUAGUGACUCUCUACAAUACGUAUAACGAUCAGUCUUGAGGUACAUACUACAUAUUAUACUGAUAUAACUAUAUAUUAUGGUAGUAACAAUCACAGUCGACGAUCACCGAUCGUAUAUAAUAAAUCGUAAUAAUCGUAUUAAAAAAAAAAAAUGUUAAUAUAUGGGUAUUCUAUUUUACAAAAAUUAUAUAUCAAUUAUUUAUUCUACAUAUCAUAUUACAAAACUUUUUGUUUUGGUCGAAAAGUGAAUCGGCCGAAAAGAGAAGGGUACGAUUUUGGUCGAAAAGGGAAUCGACGUUUUUUAAAUUUGGUCGAAAAGGGAAGGGUACGUUUUUGGUCGAAAACGGUCUCGCCCGUAUGAUAAGCGUCCAUUACGGGUGGUGAUCCGCAAUCUCCACCAUUCUACCUCUACUGCAGAUAUAAAUACUUCUCUUUCGGAAUUGGGACACCAGGUUACCCACAUUCAUAACAUUAAGGGCCAGUUG